AUGUCCGCACAGCCCACUUCCAGUCGUCCUACAUCUGACCGUCGCUCAUUCACGGCACCAAAGCGCACAUCCCUCCUCCCGAAGCCCUCUUCCAUCGUACUGGACUCGUCUGUCCUCAUUGCACAACACGCGCAAAUCACCGGCAUCCACCCAAUCACGAUUGGCCCGAAUACGGUACUGCAUCCACAUAGUAAACUCAGCAGCGCACUUGCGCCGGUUGUUCUGGAUGAGGGGUGUGUCAUUUUCGAGCGAGCCAAAAUCGGUGUAGGCACGGCAGCUGAGCUCGACGCUGAAAGCCGACGGACUAGCAUAGCGCCAGCCCGCAGCAGUGCGCAUAUUCGGAACUCUAUGAGAAGUGAAGGGACCGUGCUUGGCAGAAAUGUCGUUGUCGAGUCUGGUGCAGUGGUCGAAGCGGCCGAGGUAGGGGAGGGUACUGUAAUCGAGGUCGGCGCUGUGAUAGGAAGGGGCAGCAUUAUUGGAAAGUACUGUACCAUUACAGCUUCCUCUUUUUUACCGGCAAAUUCUCGUUUGCCAGAUUAUACCGUCGUCUUCAGUGGCUCUCAGCAACGCAUCGAUCGUACACUGCAACUCCGCCCGGAGAUUCUGCGUGCGAAAAUGACUGUGCAUGCGAAACAACUGGACAUGUUUAAGAGGUUGAUUCCGAACAACAUCGCCAAGUGGUCGUAAUGCGCGUCGCUGUGAUACAGGAAUGAUAUGGUAACUUGCUGAAGGCCAACGGGCGUUUCAUGAUUCGAACGCGC